UUUUGAAGUGUGUGCUGCGGGCAGCAGCAGCAGCAGCAGGUUGAUCAGUCUCAGCCCUGUCUCUCACAGGCUCGCUGACCGAUCUGGAGCUCAUUAAGGAUGGCUGAACCGCCUCGGUCAUGUGACUGUUUUGUAUCUCUGCCUCCGGGUUCAAAAGAAGAUUAUGUGAUAUUUGGUAAGAACUCUGACCGGCCAAGGGAUGAGGUGCAGGAGGUGGUGUAUUUCCCUGCAUCCCCACACGCUCCUGGAUCUACAGUGGAGUGCACAUACAUUUCCAUUCCUCAAGCAGAGCACACUCAUGCGGUUGUGCUGAGCAGACCCGCUUGGCUCUGGGGGGCUGAGAUGGGGGCUAAUGAACAAGGGGUGUGUAUUGGGAAUGAGGCCGUCUGGACCAAGGAGCCUGUGGAUCCAGAAGAAGCUCUGCUGGGAAUGGACCUGGUUCGGCUGGGUCUGGAGCGCGGGGACAGCGCAUGGGCCGCUCUGAAUGUGAUCACAGGUCUGCUGGAGCAGCACGGUCAGGGCGGAGCCUGCAGGGAGACCGCCGAACCCUUUAGUUACCACAACACCUUCUUACUAGUGGACCGACAGGAAGCCUGGGUCUUAGAGACUGCUGGGAAACUGUGGGCUGCACAGAAAGUCACAGAGGGAGUCAAGAACAUCUCUAACCAGCUGACGAUAGGCACAGAGAUCUCUACGGAGCAUUCGGAGCUGCGCGCUGUGGCUCAGGCUCAGGGCUGGUGGAGCGGAGAGGGGGACUUCAGCUUCUCUGCUGUCUUCAGCCCUGACAACCCCCCUGCCAGGAUGGAAAUGGCCAAGCAGCGGUAUGUGGGCGGCACAGCCCUGCUCCAGCAGCACAACGGCUCGGUGACGGCCGAGGUGAUGAUGAGCAUCCUGAGGGACAAGGCCAGCGGGAUCUGUAUGGAUUCGGAGGGCUUCUGUACUACAGGCAGCAUGGUGUCCAUCCUCCCGCGCAACCCAGACGUGCCCUGCGUUCACUUCUUCACUGCCACACCCAACCCCUCCAGGUCUGUAUUCAAGCCUUUUAUCUUCUCGGAACGCAUGAGGCCCGUCAACAUGGUGAUGUCUCCCCAGUACGGCCCAGACGAUCCUGUUAGGACACAGCCUCGGUUCCAGCACCAGGUGGACCGGAAACACGAGCUGUACAAAGCCCACCAGACAGCAACGAUCGGUCCUGAUGCUGGAGUCUCUCUACAGGAGACUAUGAGAUACCUGGAGUCUCAGUGUCUUGAGGAGAUCGAGGCCAUGCUUAGGGGGGAGAUACAGGGCCAGGAGCUCGGGGAUCUGUUCUUCGACUGUGUGGACACCGAGAUCAAAUUCUACCAGUGAGACCGAGCAGUUGUCGUUGUGAAUGUCACUAGUGCUUGCUGAUCUGCCUGGAGAGAGAGAGACAGUCCAGAGCGCACAGGUUCCUGCCUGCUCAAAUCCUGCUCUCCUAGUUCCCCUGAUGCCAUGCCAAACUAAUUGUCAUGUCCAUGCCACACUAACUGUAA